UUUCUAUGGGAUUGUGAAUCUGUGGUGAAACAUAGUAGUGUGUAGAGAAAAUAAAACUGAUAUUUUUAAAUCGUAGACAGAGUAUACGUCUCAGUCUACGUUUCUACCAAAGUUUAUUUCGUAUUUAGUGUAAUCUGUGUAAUAGUAUGUACAAAUUGACAAUAAUUUUGACAUAAGGUCUUGCUUGUAUUUUUUUAACAAACAGUUUUGUAGGUUAUGUUGUUGUUGAUCAUUUAUUAAAGUAGGGGACAUGUUUUGAUAUUACUUAUAAUACCAUUAACCACAGAGAAGAAGAAACACUAUGUGUAUGAGUCCCCCGUCCAGGCUGGUGCAGCACACCAUAGACCUGAACUAUGCCAACAGGAAGAGAUCGACCUCCCUGAAAUGGAUCCUCGUGAACAUAGCCUUACUGUUGGUGUUUGCAUAUGACCUGUGCUACAAGUGUCCGGGCUACACGUCCCCGCUGCACUACGUGGAGCUGUGCUGCGCCGCCGUGCUGGCGGCCAACGCCCUGCAGCACGGCCUGCGCCUGGCGCGCGCGCGCCCCGCGCCCCCGCCUUCCGCUGCGCCCCGCCGCGCGCCCCCACGUCCCGCGCCCGCGGACUGCACGGCUGACGCCGACGUGUCGCUGUCGCCGCGCCGCGUGUGGCGUGCCGACGCGUCGCCGCCGCCGUCGCCGCCGUCUCCCGCCUCGCCGCGCGUCGACCGAUCCUCUCCCGACCAGUUCAUCGCGGACUCCAACAGUCUAGCUGCAUAUCUAAGGGGCUACUCGGAGCGGCUGCGGCCGGAGCCGGCGGCGUCGAGCUGGGCCACGAGCGGCGGCUGCGGCGCCGGGUACUACCAGCUGUCGGCGCCGGCGGCGGCGGCGGGCGCGGACGACGCGCCGGCGGCGCACUCCCCGCACGUGUGGCGGCGCCUGCACCUGGACCCGCAGCGCCUGGAGCAGUGGAACCUCAACCUGCGCCUGUGGCUGCACGUCACCAUCCUGCAGCGGCUGGUGCGCGAGAUGGAGGCGGCGGACGAGGCGCUGGCGGCGGCCGGGCUGGAGGCGCGCCUGGGCGGCGCCAGCGUGGAGCGCCUGCGGGCCGCCGCGGCCGCCGCGCCGCAGUCGGCGCUGCAGUCGCUGCCGGCGCUGCUGGCCUACCUCGAGCCCUUCGCGGACCAGCGCUACGUCGUGCAGCGUAUCCGAGAGCUGGCGCGCGGCGGCUGCCUGAGCGCGUACCGCUGGAACGGCGGCGGCUCGGACUGGGACGACAGCAAGCCCACGGACGCCGAGCUCGUCAUGCACCUGCUGGCCACGUACCUGGACGCCGCGCUGCCGGCCGCGGGCUGCGCGCGCCCCUUCAGCGCCGCGCACGUGUCGCGCGCGCCCGCGCUGCCGCCGCGCGGGCCGGGCGCGCUGGCCGUGCGCUGCGUGGCGCCGCGGCCGCCGCACUACGCGCUGGUGCUGGGCGACGAGACCGUGGAGCCGGCGCGCGGCCGCAACAACCUGCUGCACACGCUGCUGCUGUUCCUGGCCGCCGCCGCGCGCAGCGACCCGCCCGCGCUGCGCCGCCUGCAUCUCGGCCGCGCCGGACUCAACAUGCUGUGGAUCAUCGGCCGGUGACCCGCCCGGAUCAAUACCCUUUACCUAACUAACCUAACUUAUCCGAAAUCUAUGGGUCGGUCUGAGAGAAUCUAAGAAUUGAUCUAGGACCUAUUUUUAACUGCAACAGAACUAUAAUCACAUUCAAAUGUUUUUAAUUACAAGCUAUACGCACAACAGAAACAGUUACAGAGGGUGUUACUGCACCAAUCGAUUGAUUCACAUCUGUCGAUGCUGAUCGAUUGCAGAGAAAGCUACCUUUCUCAGCGGAUACCGAUCAAUUACCGAUCGAUGUAGGUAAUCGGUCAACGUUGAUACAGUAAAAAGAAAUACAAAGUUCAAGCAGCUCGAUCGACGUCAACGUGGCUAUUCUACGAUCGGUCGAUUGGUAACGUUACACACUAACGGCCUGAUCAUUUUGCUCUGACUGACUGAUUUGUUGUUUCUUAUUUUUUCAUUGCCUAGAGAAGGGAGAGAAAUUCUUAGACAUAUAGAGAAAUUCAACACGAAAGUCUUGAAAUUAGUAUCGCAGUAUUCGACUAAAAUAUCUAAAAUAAAAUGUUGUUAAAAGUAA